AUGUCCUUGGCCGAGUAUAGGCGGUACGGGCGGCAGAUGAUAGUGCCUGGGUUCGGGUCCCUCCCCUCGCAGCUCAAGCUUCGCAACACCAAGGUGUUGGUAAUUGGCGCCGGGGGCUUGGGGUGUCCUGCGUUGCUCUACUUGUGCGGCGCCGGGGUCGGCACCAUCGGAAUCUUGGACAAUGACGUCGUGGACGAGAGCAACUUGCAUCGACAAGUGCUCCACGCCACGGACGCCGUGGGCCUGCUCAAAUGCGACUCUGCCAAGAAGUACCUCCUGCGCUUGAACCCGCACGUGGCGCUUGCCACCCACCCCGUGCAGCUCUGCAACGACAAUGCGUUCGGUAUAAUAGCGCAGUACGACUUGGUGGUCGACUGCACCGACACGCCCGCCACACGCUACCUCAUCAACGACGUGGCGGUGCUCUUGGGCAAGACGGUGGUGAGCGGGUCGGGCGUGAAGACAGACGGGCAGGUCACCGUCCUCAACUACCGGAGCCGGGGCCCCUGCUACCGGUGUUUCCACCCCAAGCCGCCCACGCCCGCCUCGGUGCCCACGUGCUCGGACGCCGGGGUGUUGGGCCCAGCCAUCGGGCUCACGGGCGUUGCGUUGGCCACGGAAACCAUCAAGGUGGCCACGGGCUUCUAUGGGGACGCCUUCUCGCCGUUCAUCGCGAUGUACUCUGCGUUCCCGCAGCAGACCAUGCGGGUGUUCAAGAUGCGGGGGCGGCAGGCCAGCUGUGCCGUAUGCGGCGAGAGCCCCACGAUCCUGAGGCGGGACAUCGAGGCGUGCCGGGUGGACUACUCGGCGUUCUGCGGGCUGGUCACGUACGGUGCGCCCCGGGCGGACCACAGGCGGUCCGUGCACGAGCUAGCGGACGCGAUGCGAGGCUGCCCGGGGCCAGUGUUGUUGGACGUGCGGCCGUCGGAGCAGUUCCAGAUCACGCACGUUGCGGGGGCGAUCAAUGUGGAGUGGGAGCGGACACUCGCGCGGGCGCGCUCCAUCGACGGCAUGCUCCCCCGGGGCUUUGACAAGGAGAAGGACGAGGUGUACGUGAUGUGCCGGUACGGCAACGACUCGCAGGCGGCUGCACGCAGGCUCAUCCAGGAGCUCGGUUUCAAGCGAGUGUGGGACGUGCGGGGCGGGCUCCACCAGUGGAGCGUCGAGGUGGACGGGACGGUGCCGGUGUAUUGA